AGCUUCCUUCCUCUUUGCUGAGAUAUAUCAGUCGCAGGUACCACCACUUCUACUUUUUUAUAUUACGAAAACAAAAAAGCUACGUAAAACAAUGCCUGCAAUGUCUUGGUUGCCUUGGAUUUCGAAACAGAAAAUUGUUCUGGCUUCAGCUUCGCCUCGCAGACACGAGAUUUUGACAGACAUGGGAGUUGAUUUCCAAGUGGUUACUACGCUAAAAGACGACGCCAAUGAUCCUACUGCUUUCGAACUUAAAGAGGAUUAUGUCGAGUAUACGGCGCGCAUGAAAGCGGUUGAGGUGUUUGAACGAUGCAGGGACGAUCCAUCGUUGCCCGAUGCUGAUAUUGUGAUUGGCGCCGAUACGGUCGUUGUGCUUGACGAUAAUUCAACGGUCUUGGAAAAACCACGCGAUGCCGAUGAUGCAAAGCGCAUGUUACGUACAAUGAGUGGGAAACAGCAUACAGCCAUGACGGGCGUCGUCAUUUUACGUAAAUCAUCAGCAGCAGGUGAUGGUGGCGGCAAGCCAUAUCAUGAAAUUUCAUUUGUUUCAAAGACGGAUGUCGAGUUUUCUGAUAUCGAUGAUGGCCUUCUUGAAGCAUACGUGGCUUCAGGUCAGGCAUUUGGAAAGUCAGGUGCUUAUGGACUCCAAGGCACUGCAUCUCUAUUUGUAAAAGGCAUUCAUGGUGAUUAUUGGAAUGUGGUUGGACUACCUAAAAAUCGUCUGUAUCAGGAGUUAUUGACGUUGGAACGGUUGAUGGAAAGAAAGGACAUAAUGUAGUAGCACCUUUGCUACCUUCAAAUAUUUUCGAUAGAGGCACUCACACUACUUGUAAAUUUAUAACCGGAAGAAUUCCAAGAUGGUGCAAUUAUUUAUUUUAGAGCUAGUACCGGUGUUAUGUAGAGACCCUCUUAUUAUUAACUACUUUUUGCUAAAUCGUUUGACAUACAGAUGGGUUAAUACCUGCUGUAAUAUUGAUUGUCGG